GUUUGUUUUUUUUCUAUUUUUCGUCCGUUGGGGCGCCAAUGCUUACUGCCCUGGUGGCUUCACCCUUGCUACUUCCUUACUAGGUUUUCAGGGCGAUUCUUUAAUUACAUGAUUGCAUGUAGCGUAACACCUGCACAUCUACAACUUGUCGCUAAGGCUCUUUACUCAUUUUAUGUAUAA